AUGCGACUCUUCGUGCGCACGGUGGCCGGCAGCACUGCGGUGCUCGAGAUUGAUGGUCAGGCAAAUGUCUCCGCUGUGAAGGAGCAGAUUGCUGCCUCCGAGGGCUUGCCUGUGGACGAGCAGUGCCUUAGCUUCGGCGGGCAGAUCUUGGAGUCCACUGCCAGGCUCCAGGACUUCGGCAUUGAGGAUGAGUCCACGCUCUUUCUGUCUUUGGAGUUGCAAGGCGGCGGCAAGAAGCGCAAGAAGAAGACGUACACCAAGCCCAAGAAGAUCAAGCACAAGCGCAAGAAGGUCAAGCUCGCAGUCCUCAAGUUCUACAAAGUUGACUCCAACGAUAAGGUCACGCGCUUGCGCCGGGAGUGCCCCCAUGAGACUUGCGG